AUGACCGACCGACUGAUUCUCACCACAGUUCUGAUAGAGGGUGUUCUGUUCAGGGCCCAGUAUCUGGGCUCCACCCAGCUCAUCUCUGAGGGACAGCCUUCCAAGGCCACCAGACUUAUGCAGGCUCAGGAAGCCAUCAAUAGAAUAAAAGACCCAACACUGAAAGGCAACCCCAGACCGAGUACCUUGGUCGAUCUGUUUGUCUCCGUCGAGAAGAUCAUGGUGCUCAACACCGACCUACAGGAGAUAAUGAUGGACCAUGCGCUGAGGACAAUCUCCUACAUUGCAGACAUCGGGGAUGUGCUGGUCGUCAUGGCUAGGAGGGGUCCAAUGAACAAUAAUAAUAGUCCGUCCAAUCAGAUCUCAUCGUCCUCAGCCGUGGCAGCCAAUGGCGGUGAAGCGGGUCAGCAACAAUCAUCUUCACUGGCCAAUCACAAUCAGGCCAAGAUAUGCUGCCACGUUUUUGAGUCUGAUGAGGCUCAACUAAUAGCUCAGUCGAUCAGUCAGGCGUUUCAGGUGGCCUACAUAGAAUUUUUAAAAGCGAACGGGAUCAACGAUCCGGACAUCAUAAAGGAAAUGGAUUAUCAGGAUGUUCUCAGUCAGCAGGAGAUAUUUGGAGAGGAACUCUUUCUGUUUUCAAACAGGGACAUGCAAAAAGAGGUUCUAGUACCAAAGGGAAAAGGCGAACUACUGGGAAUGGUUAUAGUUGAGUCUGGGUGGGGUAGCAUGGUACCUACUGUGGUUCUGGCCAACAUGGCGCCAGGAGGGGCAGCUGCCAGGUGCGGGCAACUAAACAUCGGGGACCAAAUCAUCUCCGUAAAUGGGAUCAGUCUUGUGGGGCUUCCUCUGUCUACCUGUCAGGCCCAUUUGAAGGCGUUGAGAAACGACAUCCUGGGCAGAUUCAUGGUGGUUUCCUGCACACCUGUUGUUGAGGUCCUUGUGAAGAGGCCUGAUAUCAAGUACCAGCUGGGCUUCAGUGUUCAAAAUGGCGUUAUCUGCAGCCUGCUAAGAGGGGGCAUAGCAGAGAGGGGGGGUGUGCGGGUGGGCCACAGGAUCAUCGAGAUCAAUGGGCAGAGUGUCGUUGCCGUACCGCACGAUAAAAUUGUUUCCAUGCUGGCUUCUUCCGUGGGAGAGAUUCAUAUGAAGACGAUGCAGACGUCGAUUUAUCGUCUGCUAACUGGCCAGGAUACCCCACACUACAUUUAA